AUGAGGGAGGAGUGGGGCGCCGCCAAGGAGGCAGAUCUCGAGGACGACGCCGCGAAGCGGUCUGUGGAGGAGCAGCAGCAGCGUACAGCCAUCGACGCCCACGACGCCGACAUCGCACUAGUGAGGGCGCAAGCAAAGCAGGCGAGCGAGGAGGCCGAGCAGCUGGGCACAGCGAGGGUUAAGGUAGGCAUGCAGAUGGCCCAGAAGCAGGGACGGAUUGCCACUCUGGAGAUCGAGUGCGCCACACUGAAGCAGACCUUGGAGCUCCUCCAUCAGGAAACUGCAAGUACUUUUGUGAAACUCAGUGAGAAAAGAUUGUUCUACAAAAAGACAACAGAAACCUUGACUGUCAAACUACAGGAGCAACAGGAAUGGCUUAGUAUGAAGAAUAAGAUUACUAGAAAGGAGCCACAUUUUGCUUCAAGGGGGAUGGAUGCUACAUGGGAGAAGAGCUUUUGGAAAGGGAAGAAAGGAACCUGGGCUCCAGAAUUGGGAACAAACCAGGUUGCCAAAUCUCAGAGCAAGCAAAACUUCAUUGAAGGGGAGAAACAUGUCAUGUUUAACUCAGUAGGGAGCCUAGAUAAGUUUUUUUCAAUCAAACAGGAAAGUGAUCCUCGGAACAAGCACAGGAAACUCUACACUCAACUGGUGUCAGCUCAGCUCAAGAUACAAGACAUCAAAUCACAGAGAUCAGCGCUUCUUUUAGAAAUCAGCAAAAUCAAGCAGAUUCUAGAGCAAGAGAAAAACAUAAUUGCUGGCUUUCCUGCUGCACUACAGCAGAUGGAUAUGAAGUCCUUGGAGGAGGAAUAUAAAGCACUUCAAGGUGAUAAAUCUGGGGAAGUUGAGUACUUCCAGACUCUUGAUGAAACAAUUAAUGGGAUGAAGGGGAUUUCGGAUCCUGUCAAAUGCCGUUGCGGACUGGAGUACAACGUAAAACUUGUUGGCGAAGCCAUGGAUAUAAGCUAA